GACUGUCUUUGCUUCAUCAUCUACAGGCAAAAAUUUUCCAGAUCCGGCCGGCGGCUCUCGGAGUACAAUCAAUAGGGAGCGAGGACUGUUUACACGGGCGCGUCUUCCUCCUGCUGCAGCGCGAAGCCUUGGCUACUGGAUCCUGCCAGAUGUUCCUGGGGUUACUGUAAAUGGGGAGGACAGACAGGGAACCAAGGUUUGUGGUUUGAAAAGUGCCUGUGGGGAAGCACCAGAAACUGCCUCUGUGUGUUCCAGUCUUGCUUUUCUAUGACAUGCACAGCAUCCUGACCCUGAUGAGUGGAUGAAGAGACGUCACGUGUCUGACGACCGAUUGCUGGAUUUCAGGAUUUGAAAGGGUGGAAGGAAAAAAAGCAACCUGCUAAAAGAUGAACAUCUGAGUGGCUCGUAGUCCAGCUUUGUCCAUAACUAUUCGCAUCAGAACAAAAUAUUCUCCCACGGAGGGCCGUGAGCUAGAAGACACUUUAUUACCAACGCUUGUGUCGGCAAAACAGCCGGGAGAUCCAGACAUUUACAGUCAGCAAUGACCCUGAAUGUGCUGCUUCUGCGGCCCACGGUCUUCAAGUGGGACAUACUGAUGGAUGAGUGACGCCUGCCAAUCCAUCGUCUCCCUCUGCCUCGUGGACUGGACUUCAUUAAGCAAUUUAUCACUUCCCUACCUUCAGACUUACAUGAGGGCUUUUUCACAACAGUAGCUUUGGAGUUAUUGGAAGCUGGGUUUAUACCACCCUUUAGCAGAAGUUAACCAAGUCCAAACUAGGUUGUCAUCAUGGCUCUGAACGUUGCCCCCGUCAGAGACACAAAGUGGCUGACACUGGAAGUGUGCAGACAGUUCCAAAGAGGAACGUGCUCGCGGUCCGACGAGGAAUGCAAAUUUGCUCACCCUCCCAAAAGUUGCCAGGUUGAAAAUGGAAGAGUAAUUGCCUGCUUUGAUUCCCUGAAGGGCCGCUGUUCAAGAGAGAACUGCAAGUAUCUUCACCCUCCGACACAUUUAAAAACUCAGCUAGAAAUUAAUGGAAGAAACAACUUGAUCCAGCAAAAAACGGCAGCCGCGAUGCUCGCCCAGCAGAUGCAAUUUAUGUUUCCGGGAGCGCCGCUCCAUCCAGUGCCCACCUUUCCUGUAGGUCCUGCAAUAGGGCCUAACACAGCGAUUAGCUUUGCUCCUUACUUGGCACCAGUGACCCCCGGAGUUGGGCUAGUUCCAACAGAAAUCCUGCCCACCACACCCGUUAUUGUUCCUGGAAGCCCACCUGUCACUGUCCCAGGCUCAAGUGCGACCCAGAAACUUCUCAGGACUGACAAGCUGGAGGUGUGCAGGGAGUUCCAGCGAGGAAACUGCGCCAGGGGCGAGACCGACUGCCGCUUUGCACACCCUGCUGACAGCACUAUGAUUGACACAAACGACAACACUGUAACCGUUUGUAUGGAUUACAUAAAGGGGCGUUGCAUGAGGGAGAAAUGCAAAUAUUUUCACCCUCCUGCACACUUGCAGGCCAAAAUUAAAGCUGCACAGCACCAAGCCAACCAAGCUGCCGUGGCCGCCCAGGCAGCCGCGGCCGCGGCCACAGUCAUGACUCAGUCGACUGCCAAAGCAAUGAAGCGACCUCUCGAAGCAACUGUAGACCUGGCCUUCCCCCCUGGUGCGCUCCACCCUUUACCAAAGAGACAAGCGCUGGAAAAAAGCAAUGGUGCCAGCGCCGUCUUCAAUCCCAGCGUCUUGCACUACCAGCAGGCUCUCACCAGUGCGCAGUUGCAGCAGCACGCCGCGUUUAUCCCAACAGAUAAUUCUGAAAUAAUCAACAGAAAUGGAAUGGAAUGCCAAGAAUCUGCAUUGAGAAUAACUAAACAUUGUUACUGUACAUACUAUCCUGUUUCCUCCUCAAUAGAAUUGCCACAAACUGCAUGCUAAAUAAAGCUUUAGUGCUUCUGGACACACCACAAAUUCUAAGAAGCUAGUGCUGCUAAAUCAUAUAUGAGUAUUAAAUAUGGUAUGCUUAGUAUCUUCCAACCUAAGAUAGUUAACUACCCGAUACCAGCUGUGAUGUCUAAAGUCAUAAAGGGUCAAGUUUACUUUCCAAGGGUUCCUAAACAUAGUUUCUGUCCUAGGAUUAUUGUCUUAUCUCCAUCACUACAGCUGAUGCACACAGCCCAACCAAUUUACUCAUUUCGAUUCCGAAUCUCUCAAAAUUUAGCAAUAAGCAAUUAGCAGUAGUGACAACUCUUAUUCCAAGAACCGUUUUGAUUCGACACUUCCAAUGAUGGUCAUUUCAUUUACCCACUGCCUAGAGGGUAUGUUUCACUUCUUCACGAGAUGAAUGCUGCAGCAAAGAACAAGAAGUGAAGUAAAACCAACACCUGUCCAAAACAGGUCUAAAAGUUGAGUGGAAAUGCAAGCACAAGUACAGGGACACGUCCAAGUGUGGUAUUUGGUUAGCUUGGAGAUGCCGCAUGGAAUCAUGUGAUUCCAGAGUAACACUACAAAGAUUGAAAAAGAAACUUUGCACGGUAUGAGCUUCAUACCCCACAAACAAAGUCUUGAAGGUAUUAUUUUACAAGUAUAUUUUUAAAGUUGUUUUAUAAGAGAGACUUUGUAGAAGUGCCUAGAUUUUGCCCGACUUCAUCCAGCUUGACAAGAAUGAAAAACCCCAUGCCAACCGUCUAAUCGAAUCUAAAGACGGAUGUCUUUCCGACUCACCAUCCGGUUGCCUGUUAAUGAAUAACUUUUCAAACAUAAACACCUAGUCCAACAAGGAAGCCGUAGGGGGGAGAUCUGUAUAAUAUUCUAAUGUCAGUCAAUUCCAGUUCAGUCACUGAAAAUUUGACUGUGACUUUAAUCUCAAUUACUAUGUAAACAAAAAAGUAGAUAGUUUCACUUAAAAAAAAAAAAAAGCAUUCCUGUUUUGCGUUUCAAAAGUUGGAUUAAAAGGUUGUAACUGACUACAGCAUGGGAAAAUAGUUCUUUUAAUGAUUUCACCUUAAAUCAUAUUUUGUCUCAAAAGUAGAAAAAACUUUAAUACACGUACAUACAUAUUAUAUAUACACAUACAUAUAUAUACUAUAUAUGGAUGAAACAUAUUUUAAUGUUGUUUACUUUUUUAAAUACUUGGUUGAUCUUCAAGGUAAUAGCGAUACAAUUAAAUUUUGUUUGGAAAGCUUGUUUUAAAGUUUAUUUUAAGCACUAUCGUACCAAAUAUUUCAUACUUCACAUUUUAUAUGUUGCACAUAUCCUAUACAGUACCUACAUAGUUUUUAAAUUAUUGUUUAAAAAAACAAAACAGCUGUUAUAAAUGAAUAUUAUGUGUAAUUGUUUAAAACAUCCAUUUUCCUUGUGAACAUAUUAGUGAUUGAAGUAUUUUGACUUUUGAGGUUGAAUGUAAAAUAUUUUAAAUUUUGGCAUCACUGCCUGUACUGCAAACUAGAUGCACUAACCAGAUCAUUCUUUGUUUGAGAUAAGAAGAAAUCCUCCUUUUUAAUUCACGUUGGUCAAAGUUUAAUUAUGAUCCAUGUAUCAUAUAUCAUAGAUUUGAUCACCCUUUCAAACGAAAAUCACAUUCUAAAUGUAAUCUUGUAUAGGGCUUGUAUUGUUGCGUUUGUUUUAAUUUGUGGGAAAGUAUUGUAUCUAACCUGUAUUAUUUUGGUAGUUUCAUCGUUAUGUAUUACUGAUAUUCAUAAUUUUCUCAACUAUAACAAUGUAGUUAUGCUACAACUUGCCUAUAGCAUUCAAACUUACUUUCUUUUUUCUUGUUGUCUUUGAUAACAACUAUUCAUUUAGACUCAUUGAAAAUCUGGUAUACAUCACGAAAAGGUAAUUUGUGGGAAUACGUGAAGUAUUUUUGUAGACUGGGGUCAUUUUGUCUUUCUUUUUGGUUUUGGCGUCAUGACUUUUUACUUUAAAGAUUCUUCACACAUGACUCUCUUCAGCCCUUUCAUAAUGGAUCAUUAAAAACAUCACCUGAAUCCUCAAGCAAAUAUAGAAGACUGUAUUUUUACUAUGCUAGCCAUUUUCCAGAAUUGUGAUUAUAAUAUGCAAAGAGUCAUAAAUAUACCAUUUGCAAUAGGGAGGAGGCAAGGCAAAUACAUAGAUGUACAAAUAUAUGUACAACAGAUUUUGCUUUUUAUUUAUUUAUAAUGUAAUUUUAUAGAAUAAUUCUGGGAUUUGAGAGGAUCUAAAACUAUUUUUCUGUAUAAAUAUUAUUUGCCAAAAGUUUGUUUAUAUUCAGAAGCCUGACUAUGAUGAAUAAAUCUUAAAUGCUUUGUUUAAUUACAGAAACAAUAUCACCAAUAUCCAAAACACGAAGAUAUCAAUUCACUAAAUAACUGUACUUAAGAGAUUAAUUGCCACUUGUACGGGAACUACAUUUCACUCUUGAUUUUCAGGAAGUAACAGCACUUCACCAAAACAUUCUUUCAGUCAUGCAACUGGUCACAUUUCUACUAAACCUUUCUGUAACCCUAAAAGAAUCCCCUCAUUCAUUACCUUACAGUGUAAACAGGAGUCUAUAAUUUGUAUCAAUUCUAUGUUCUGGUUGUACUAUUCAGUUCAUUCACCCAAUGGGCAACCAAUGAAAUAAAAGAAGCAUUUAAAAGAA